AUGAAUAGGACAGAGCAUGAACAAACACUAUUUGGCACUGUUCAAGAAAGCACACACAUGGGCAGUUUGAAGAACAGUGAAGGUAGAUGCACUUCAGAAGGUCACAUGGAAGGAGUCUUAAAAAAGUUCAAACAUGACAAACUAGAAACUGCAAGAGGUCAUUUUUUGCAACAGAAAAGUUUAUUUGGAGAAGCCGAUAAACAUCUCAAAAUGAAACAAGAACAAGCAUUAACUUUCAGUAAUGAUAACUGUUUUAGUAAUCACAAUGUUUUCAGAAACUCUAAAACUGCAAGAGCUGCUAGUGUCACAGCUAAUCAAACUAAACAUGUAGAAGCAAAUGAACCUAGACUAGCAACUCCUAAAAACAGUCUGUUGGAUGAGACAGCCGCAAUAAACAAUGUAACUAGAUUGUUUCCUAUUGAAGAAACAACAGCAGCUUAUAAUAGAAACAGAGAAAAUGGUUGGAGAAGAUUCCAGCCUAUCAGUAAUGAUUUAAUGCAGCAAUCGAAACCAGACAACCAACAAUCCCAUAGCUUUGUUGAGCUUCCUGCAAAUAUUAAACACAAGUUUGGCAGCCGUAACUGUGAAGAGCUACUUUGUGACAAAGAUUUGGUGGCUCUGUCCAUUGAUAGACAGAAGCCACUCUUCAGGCAUCAAAGAUCAUCAAAGAUACAAAAUGCUACCAGUCUCCAAGUGAAUCUUGAUGGUGAUUAUGAAAACAUUGGUCAGAAUCUUCGGUAUGAUAUAUUUCCUGGUUUUACCACCGACCAUACCAUCAGCCAGGGGCAUCAAGACUUCACUAACCAGGUUCAUCUCAGAAGAGGGAAAAAUCCAGAUACUUUUCACCACAAAAGAGAUGAUCUAAUUAUAUGGUCAGAGCAGAACAUUCUGCGGGAGCGCACCAAGAAGGCCUGGGAUGAGAAAUUUACGCCAGACAGAAAGCAACCAUAA